AUAUCAAACAUGAACAAAAAAAAAGUCAAUUGUUGAAUGGCCUUGUUGCAGGGCACGUUGAGUUCUUCCACAAAUUCGAUGUCAGAUCUUCAAGCAGAUCAUGAUCUUUGGUAUAAAAAUACAACUGAUGAAUUAUAUAUCAGUGAGCCUUAUUUCACAUUGGAGGAAGCUGCUCAGGUCAAAGGUACAAUAGUACCUUCACCAAUUUUGACCGAAAUCCCAGAGUUUGAAGAGCUCGAGUUUGAGGGAGGCUCGGAGCAUCAUGUGGGCUUACACACGCCAGCUCUAGGAGAUGAGGGCCCCAAAGAAGCGACUGUCGAAACGGCAAUCAAAUCCUGUUUCCAGUCAUUUUUUGAGAAACGUAAGGCAAGUGGUGAUGUACGACCAUGUGGUCCUCAUGAUAUGGGACCGAUUUACAGGGCGAUUUUUAUGAUAUCGUAA